AACAACAGCUGGCUAAUAUUAAAUCGAGCCAGUCCGCCGUCAGACCGGUCAGACCGGUGGCCAAGAGACCUGCCCACACCCCAAGUUACACACCCCAAGCACGAGCGAGUCAUCACUCAGGAACUGUCAACCCUCGAAUCCUCGAACCCGUGAAUCCGUGAACCCGUGAUCCUGUGAUCAGCGAGUAGUGAGCCGUGAGCCUGACCACCAGCCUAAUACUCAUCACUGCCUGAGCCAAGAUCCUAGAUGAGUUGGGCGUGGGCGUGGGCGUGAUGAGUGAAGUGCAAUUAUAUAUUUAUGACCUGGCCCAGGGCAUGGCGGCCCAAUUCUCGCCACUCUUGGGCUUCCAGCUGGACGGGAUCUGGCAUACAGCCAUCGUGGCCUAUGGCCGGGAAUGGUUCUUUGGGGCGGGUGGCAUCGAACAGACCCUGCCCGGACAGACCAUGCUUGGAGCGCCGCUCAAGACCCAGGCCUUGGGACGCACCCAGGUCACGCAGGCGGCCUUCAUGGCCUAUUUGGACACAUUGGAACGGGAGCGAUUCCGCGGGCAGCGCUACCAUCUGCUCCAACACAACUGCAACCACUUCUCGAGCCACGUGGCCCGCUAUCUCACCGGGCAAGACAUUCCCAGCUACAUCCUCGAAUUGCCCAACCGGGUCAUGAACUCGCCCAUCGCCGCCCUCCUCACGCCCCUCAUUGAGAAUGCCACGCCCCGGGGGCACGAUAUUCACGAGCCGCCCGUCCCUACGCCCGCCCAGGCCCCCUCGGACGCUGAGGCGAUGUCGGAUCGAGCUACGAUCCGCGUCCAUUUUCCCCCAGCCCACUAUUUAACUUACCCGCAGAUGAUUGAGGUGGACAAGCUUAUGCGGAAACUGCGUGAAUUGGUCACCAAGCCCGGCAACGGCUUGGCCGAAACCAAUCUGCUCAGCUUCCUGGGAUUACUGACGGGUCAGAGCUCGCUCGAGGGUUUAGUGUGGACCACGGCUAAAUUUGUGCUGACCUCGUGGCAUAAAGAGGACAUCUUUCCCGUCUUGGAUGCCAUCCGAUGGAUUACGGCCGAUCGGCCCAUUUCGGACGAGGUGGCCGAGGAGCUGCUCACGCUGCUUCACGCCUUGCUCAAGCCUGAAUCCUCGCACACCAACCUCCAACUCGUCAUCAAGAUCCUGUGCAAUUGUUUCAUGCACAAUAAUACCAAAAAAGCCAUGAUUGCCCAUCGCGAAUACUCGAUCAGUCAACUCAAUGCCAUUGUCGAAGAGGUGGAACUCAUGCCCAACGUCCUUCAGAUCGCUAUCGGGAGCCUGGUCUUGAAUUACUCCAUAGCGCUAAUCGAAAGCCCGGACUUGGAGGCCUCCAUCCAGCUAGUGUCAGCUUUAAGCUCGAAUUAUCUCCCGAAAUUGGACAACGCCGAAGCUUUAUACCGAACCCUGGUGGCUUUAGGCACUUUAAUUGCGCAAGACGCUGAAUGCCAAGGUCUGGCCCAAGCCUUGGAUUUGGAUCAAACCCUGGCAUCUUUGAAAAAAAAGGAUUGCCCAAAAUUAAGAGAAUGCAUUACAGAGUGUUUAGCCGUUCUGCGGUGAUCCCAAGCCAAUUGCUUUUGCAUUGAUAUUUACCAGCUGGGAUAGCUCCAUAGACUAGGACCUUCUCUACUAGAGCCUUCAUAUCUUGAGUAUCAUUCAAGCCACGAUGAGUUUCAAUGGCCAAAUAAAUUAGCGAGUACUGCUAUACUGGAAUGAAAUAUAUAUUCUCUUUGUCACUUUA